GGGACUUCAAUAUCUUCUCGGAGAGAGGUUCGUGGACAUCUGCGCUUGGUUGGUCCUGAAAAUAUGUAUCGGCUUCGGGCACCCCCGUACAAUCUACAUGCUGCAAUCGUUCGUGUCUUCGACUAAAAAAACGCCUAGCCGUUAUCUAAACACAUGCACCGAAGCCAUCGACCAGUGAUAACGAACAGCUUUAGAUACUUAUCUUUUAGGCGUAUACUGUACCGUCAUGGAGAAGGGAAAUAUAGCUGUCUAGCUAAAUUGCUAACGCAGAGGACCCAACACCAAACCUUCGUAUGGAGAUUAAAACGGUUAUCAUCAAUCUAAUCUAUCAACGGAGGACAUUCAACCGUUUUGGGAUUUAUUCACUCAAGAAUCCGGUGUGAAUCCACAUAGCUACAGGAGCUGUGUCCCAGCAGACGUCUAGAGGCCGUGCGCCAGACGUAUCUGACUAAAGAGAGGAGGAUCACCAGUGACACGCCAGCGGGAGUGGAGAGAAAAGAAAGACCGUGCCUAUUGGAAAACCUGUUGGAUUUAAACUCUUUUUUUUAUUACAGAUUAUCACAUUGCUCUCCUAACUGCCACCCUCCCCCUUUACACACACACACACACACACACAGAAUCACACACACUCCUCUAGAAGUAGCCCUAGAGAGUCACAUAAACAUCUCACAGUCACUCAGACACGCCCUCCGAGACCCAGAGUUGCUUCCCAGGGGUCGUAGUGGGAGGGUGUGCCCCCCCCCCCCCCCCCCCCCCCCCCCUCUCGGUGCACUCCGCUGGGGGACGGAAGUAGAGGAAUGGCCCUGGGGGAAUGGGAAUGGCUGGCUGGCUGCCUCGCUCAGUGAGACGGCGGCUUAUGUAACUAACGGCCCUCCUCAUCCUCCUCUCCUUGGCUAGCUAACACAGCUGGGCCUUGGGUGUCUACAGACACUGGGGAGGAGCUCUUCAUCAACCUCCAUUAGGGAGAUUCAGCUUCCAGCUUCUAAUCUUCAGGCCCUUCCUCUCUGGGCUCAAUUUCACAUUGCUUUUUUUUUUUUUUAAAUAUUUUUUGUAGUUUGUUUUUCUUUAACCAUUUUUCAGGAGGAUCUUUCAGGGUGUUUUGGAUAUGCGCCCCCUCACGGACUACUGCAGGUUACAGGGACACACACAAUUUGACCUGCGUACACGUCUUCUUCCACCCACACCUGUAGCAGGUGGGAUCGACCUCUGAGGCUUCCCGCUCGUCUCCCGUUGGCUCAGGGAUGCCCCGACCAGGAAGAACAAAGUCUGAGCGUCCGUCUACGAGCACAUUGGCGUUUUGAAGACGCUGUUUUGGACCCGAAGGGACGGCCAUUUUUAUUUGGUGAGGAAACUCCUUGACUUCCAGAGCAGCGACGGGACUGCUCGAUAUUAGUCUCCGCUGGUUUUUCGCUCUUGUUCUGAUGAUGUUUUGUUUUUCCCGUCUCCUCUGAGGAUUGAGCCAGCCAGGGAGCUGAAUACACAGAGACACGAAUCCCACUUGGAUACAAUCAAAGGCCAUUUUGCUCUCCUUUUCCCUCUCUCUCUCUCUUUUUCUCUCUCUCUCUUUUUCUCUCUCUCUCUCCUUUUCUCUCUCUCUCUCUCUCUCUUUUUCUCUCUCUCUCUCUUUUUCUCUCUCUCUCUCUCACUCUCCCCCCCUUUGUUUACCCGUUUACACAUUAGACCAGCUACAGUGAUACCUUUCCAUCGAGGCAGAAAAUAAACUGUUAAGUUGCGAUCUUUUUACGUCUUGACCCGCGUCAAAUCCCCCCAAAAAACUUGCAAUCGAUCUCUACCUCUCGAUCGCUCCAUCCCCUUUUGACAACAUCUGUGUCCGAGCCAAAUUCAUACUCAGUCGAUCUAUACCACAGACAGAAUAGGGUACAGACCCGAGCAGGCUACAGACUGAACCGUACAAUCUACAGACGGAAGCAAUCUGUCAUCUUCGUCUGGAAGGGGAGAAGGUUAUUGGGUCUGAAUGUCAUUGGACUGAACCAGAGGUCGUUGAAAUCUUAAGUUAUUGAUGCGGGCUUUCAUUGAACAGGGAAUGUAUAGCAGGUCAAGCGAAGCGUCCUGCCUCAUCCUCUGUACCUAACUGACAUUUUGAUCCCUCAAAGUUUUUUAUUUUUUUUAUUUUACCGUUUAUGAGUCUAAGGACUAGAUGAGAGUGAGAUUGUAAUGAAUAAAGACGAAAUGUACGUUUUUAAAACGGCUUCACCAAAUCAUAUACAUUCUGCUUUACUGAGACAUCCUACUUCUUUUCUUUAGAAAAGGGAGGGUCCAGGAUUUUUCUAAACCACACCGACACAAUCAAGCCAUAUCACAGCUUUUAUUUUUUAUUGCACAAUUUUAUUUUUGUAUCGUACAAUCACUACGCCUUCAAUUAAGUUAUUUACCUCUCGCAACGCGCACAUUUCUUGAAAUUCCUUUUAAAAAUGUCAAGAUAUUUACCAAAAUCCGCUGUAAGGAACCAUUGUUAAAGACGAAAAGAGAAACCAAGCAAUUUAAAAGUAUCGGCCCAUAAUUGAGCACAACUUGUCGUCGUCGUCCUCCUAUAUAAGCUCGAUCUUAUGAGAACACGUCUUUUAAAUAGUGGCUCUGUUUAGCUUCAUGUUCCAGUCUACUUUUAUGUUGACCUGUGUGUUGUCCAGAGGACAACAAAACAAAAGGCCUUCUAGUGGAGUCUCUUUAAGCCUUUAGCUGUCAGAGUCCAUCUCAAUCAAACCCCCCCCCCCCCCCCUAUCUGUUUUAUCUCCCCCUUUCAAAUACCCUCUAUCUCUGUCUUAUCUCCCCCCUUUCAAAUACCCUCUAUCUCUGUCUUAUCUCCCCCCUUUCAAAUACCCUCUGUCUUAUCUUACCCCCUCCUCUCAGACAAGGCCGAAGGUCAAGUCGAAUAGACGUCCCACAACUUGAAGCAAAAGGACAGAGUUGUUUUAUGAACACGCGGUUUAGGGAGGGCCGCUCUACCCUUUCUUUCUCUUCAUCCCCCUCUUUCCGGUGAACAUGCAGAGGCGUGGGUCUUCUCUCGCCCUGGUCCGAUUGAGAAGGGGACUCCUCUACCUCCCUCUCUAACCCCGUCAAUCCCUCUCCCUCUCUCUCUGCCCUUUCUCUUAAUCUCUCCCUCUUUAUCUAUAAUCCAUCCACACACCCCAGACAAAUCCCCCUCCCUUCCCUCCCUGAGUAAUCCCCUCCCCUCUCCCCCUGUGUGAUGCCGGGCAGCAGUAAGAGUGGGGGUGUGGGUGGCCUCCCCUCGCCCCCCCACACCACCUCCCCGUCCCGGCCACUUCGCCCGUCCCGCUACGUGCCCGUGUCGGCGGCGACGGCCUUCCUGGUGGGAUCCACCACGCUCUUCUUCUGCUUCACGUGUCCAUGGCUGUCGGAGCAGUUCUCGGUUGCCGUGCCGAUCUACAACGGUGUCAUCUUCCUGUUCGUCCUUGCCAACUUCUGCAUGGCCACCUUCAUGGACCCGGGCAUCUUCCCCAGAGCGGAUGAGGAUGAGGACAAGGAGGAUGAUUUCCGCGCUCCGCUCUAUAAGACGGUGGAGAUCCGAGGCAUCCAGGUCAGGAUGAAAUGGUGUUCCACCUGCCGCUUCUACAGACCGCCCCGCUGCUCACACUGCUCCGUGUGUGACAACUGUGUGGAGGACUUUGACCACCACUGCCCGUGGGUGAACAACUGUAUCGGCCGGAGGAACUACCGUUACUUCUUCCUGUUCCUGCUGUCCCUGACGGUCCACAUCAUGGGAGUGUUUGGCUUCGGCCUGCUCUACGUCCUCUACCACACACAGCAGCUGGACAGGGUCCACUCUGCCGUCACUAUGGCAGUGAUGUGUGUGGCUGGUCUCUUCUUCAUCCCGGUGGCUGGUCUCACUGGCUUCCACAUGGUACUGGUGGCCCGGGGACGGACCACCAACGAACAGGUACAACACACACACACACACACACACACACACACAUACAAAAACACCAGGAAUGAACCACCAACGAACAGGUACAACUGUAGUUUUCAAAGUACUUUUACCUCUAUCAGAAAUGUCCUAAUGGCCAAGAGGCUGGAACAAAAGCUGUCAGCCAGAUUCAUUUUCUCUGUUUGCUUCCCCCUCUCUCUCUCUCUCUCUCUCUCUCUCCCCCUCCCUCUCUCUCAGUCUAAGAGUAGUCUGGAGAUGAUGGAGAGCCAGUCGUGCGAUGCGGAGCCCCCUCCUCCUCCCAAACCGGAGCUCAGGUACCCCGCCCUGUCCAGAGGCCACCAGGGACAACACACAGAGGAGAGUAGUCUUCUGAACAAAGCCCCGCCCACACCCACCAUGUAUAAAUACAGGCCGGCCUAUAGCAGUCCAGGAAAGAACCACACUGCCCUCACCCAUGCCUACGCCAACCAGAUGAUUCGAGGGGACAGUCUGAAGGAGUCGUCUUCUCUGCUUCAGUCCAGCCAGCAGCCUGGCUUCCGCUCUGAACCCAGCCUGGAUGGGAGAGAGGCCCCAGGGGAGAGAGGGGGAGGAGGAUUGGGAGGAGGUGGAGACAGACCUGGAGGAGGGGGGGCACCAGGGUCAGGGGGUGGCGGUAUCCCCGGUUACUCCCUAGGGGGACGUUCCUACCCCUCCUUUUCAGACCCAACGGUUCUAUCUUCCGGUGGAGGGGGAGGUGCUUCCCAUUCUUCCAGCGUGCGUUCUGGCUCCGCCCACAACGCGGCCCAUGUCUCCGAGGCGACAACCUCCACGAGCUACAAGAGCCUGGCCAAUCAGACGCCUCCUCCGCGCAACGGCAGCCUAUCGUACGACAGCCUGCUCACGCCCUCCGAGAGCCCCGACUUUGAGUCGGCUGCACCCGACAUGUCGCCCGGGCACCACCGUACCCCGGCCCCACCCCCCAUCCUGGGGUACUCCUCCCCCUACCUGUCGGCCCAGCUCAGUCAGCAGAGAGACGCAGAGCUCCACCAGCCCUCCGCCUCCUCCGUAGCCCUCCUCUCCUCCCCACACCGCGCCCACUAUCUCCAGGAAUCGCAUCCCCACUCCCACCACUCUCAGCCCCCUCCCUCCUCCGCGGCCCCCCAGCCCCCCCACCCACACCACCAUCACCACCACCACCACCACCACCACAGCAGCCACAGCUCCAGACACCCCCGCUUCUCCCGGCCCCCGCUCCUGUCCGACUCGGCCGCCCCCCACCAUUACCCGUACCGCACCCGGUCCACGGACACCCCCCUGGCCCCCUCCACGCACCCCCCGCGCUCCCCCCACCCCCCGCCGCUGGGGAAGUCUCUGUCGUACUCUUCGGCGGCGGCGGCGGAGAUGCAGUACCGGAUGGUGCGCAAGGCGUCGGCCUCGGCCGGAGGGGGAGGGGCGGGAGGGGGGAUCCAGGCACCUAAGGACGAGAUUCAGAUGAAGUUGUUCAGCCGGACGAACGGGCAGCCCAGGUCCUCCCUUUCCUCCUCAGGCUCCACCCCAUCCUCCCCCUCUCACCCAAUCAGCAUGUCCACUCGCCCCGGACAGGCCUAUCCCAGCCCUGGAAACACCCAGAGCCCCGCCCACAAGCCGGGGGGCGGGGUGAAGAAAGUGACGGGCGUCGGCGGGACCACCUAUGAGAUUUCAGUCUGAGUUUGACGGGCGGCCACUCCGACUAAUGGCGUCAGGGGUUGGAGGUGAAGGAGGGGUCAGAGAUUGACUGAUGAUAUUUCUGCCUCUCACACCCUUCAGGAGAGGAAAGCUUUUAAUAGGCAGACGUUUUAAAAGUUGGGUGAUGAGGAAGAGUGAAACGACAGACUUUUCUUGCUCUUCUUCCAAAUGCGAUGGACUCCGGACUUCCCCUCUCAUUCAGAGACCUCCAGUCAAGGAACUACAGAACUAAUCGGGAGGAAGUUGUUUAACCAAUCACAUUCAAGAACACAAUGCACCAUUAUGACAUGGUGGGUUUACGGGCCCAGGGAGCCAAUCAUAAGAGGCGAGACUCUUUGACAAUCCACCAAUUUCUGGGCAGAUUGAACUCUGUGGGAAUGAUUGACUGACAGUUUCGACUGGGUUUGCCUUUAUUGGAUAAAUCAAGGAAGAGCAACAUGGCUGCGUAUACACAAGCAGCUCAAUUCUGAUGUUUUUUUGACCAAUCAGGUCAGCUCUGAGAAAGUAAAAGGAUCUGAUCUGAUUGGGCAAAAUACAUCUGGAUUGGUCUGCCUGUAAAAACAGCCCAUAUUUAAAAGAGAGAAAAAAAAGAAAGAAAUGUACUUUCAUUCAUUCAUAAAUGUGUAAUGAUUCAUUCUCUGUACAGAAUUAUAUGGUUUGGAAUUUAUGCUGAUUUCCUCCAAUCAGUGGCAUUUAAAGGUGACUGCGGCAUGCACCGGCCACCAUGGACCACUGUGAUUGGCUAGUGAUCACGCUGCCGUUCUCUUUCGACCAAUCAGAAAUGGAGAUGCUAAACUGUAGUAGACAGCAGGAUCAUUGGAGUUUUUUUGUUUGUUGGUUGGCCUGGUUCCCCGGGUGGGUGGAGAUUUCACUUAAGGACCAAUGGAAUGAUAAAAAAAAUAAGAAACUCGACCAGUGACACAAUCAUCGGGUCUGUACAUUAAAGAUGGAGCAGCCUUUUCUAAACAAACUUUGGAGCAAUGGCCUUGAUAAUCGAGAUGUUUUUAAUUUUAUUUUACUUAUUUAAUUUCAAAAUGUUAUUUUAUAUGAAUUUAUAUAUAGCUGUUGAUAAGAUUUCAUUUUUUUUUUUUACGGGCUGAUAGGGUUUUUCUGGUUUGAGUUAAUUUCAGAAUUGUAACCAAACAGGAAAAAAACUGUUGCCGCGUUCAAGUGCUAGUCGGAAUUUGGACAUUUCUGACGUAUUAACUGGUUUUAGUUAAACACGUGCCAGUUAGCAAGUCGAAAAUGUCCGUUUCCUAGUUCCGACUAGCACUAGAAUGCGGCUCAUUUGGAUUGAUGGCUGCACCAGCCAAUCAGAGGCAGAGUUUUGAGUCUUCAGCCAAAGAGAGGAGCUGGACAAUUAUAUGGUUCAGCCAAUGGGAACCAAUGUAUUUGAUAAAAGAAGGCGAUGUAGCAUUUUUAAAGUCCUUUGAUACACAGUAACCACUUGACUUCUCUUGGGGCAUAUUUCAGAAAUACCCUGCUGUACUUUCUGAUUGUUUACUUCUGAGCUUUGUAAUGGGUGUGUCUGAAAUGGUACCCUAUUCACUAUAUAGUUCACUACUUUUGACCAGGGCCUAAAAGACUCUGGUCAAAAGCAGUGCACUAUGUAGGGAAUAGGAUGCCAUAACACACACCUAAUGUUUUGUUUUAUUGGUCCGGAUACUGACAUCUCUGGUUGCCUUCCACUAGCUGACCUAUUGAGAAACUAGCGAGGAUCACAUGCUUUGGCGCGACCAAUCCAGAGAGAGCAAGAGAUUCAUAUCAGCCUACUCUUUUAUUCGUUAAUGGUUUAAACCAAUGACGAGCAGCUGAAAGUCAGUAACAUCCUUUUUAUAUUUAAUUUGUACUUUUCUUUUUUUUGCAAGAUUUUAAGACAAUUUACAGGGCAUUGCUUUAGACUGACAGUUUGUUUGACCAGUCAGGAGCGUAGAAUGAAACGAAAUGGGAUAGGACUAAAAAAAAGCACGUCGCCCAAUGAGAAGGCAAAUAUGUUUGACUGCCAUCAGGAACAGCCAAUGCCCUUACAGAUGAUGUUUAGACAAGUACGGGCCCGGGACUUGGGUGUUUUGAAAUGUAAAAAAAAAGAAAAAAAGUACUGUAUAGCUCUGUGUGUGUGGGCGUGUGCAUGUGUGUAUGUGCGUGUGUGUUUGAGCAUUGGUAAUAAAGUAUUUAAAACCAAA